UAAUGCCCAAUUUUGUCGAAUUCUAAUUUCGAAGGAAAUGGUCCUAAAACUGCCGAACUUCAACGAAUUUCAGUUCGAAUCAUGAAAUAAGAAAAAAGGAAAAGUCAUCGAUUAAACUUCAAAAAGAAAAUUAAUUAUUUCAUAAAAAGGGGUCUAAAUGGCAAAUCUAACAGACGAUCACGUUGUAGAAGUGAUUGGCGCGAUCAACAUUUUUGACAAGAAGGGCGACGGAAAAUUACCAGCUGAUAAAUUAGUUGAUUGUUUGCGCUCGUUGGGACUAAAUCCACUUAAAUCUGAUGUCUCGAAAAUUGUUAAAGACAUGCAGGAGUGCAAUGUUCAAGAUAGGAUCGACGUCGAAGAUUUUCUACCAAUUUACGAGUAUUUCUUACGGAAAAAGAAGCCAAGUUUUCAAGAGUUAUGUGAUGGUCUAAAGGCUUUGAAUCCCAAUGAACAAGUUGAUGGUGGAAUCAUUCCAGCUGUUGACCUCAGAAUUGCGCUAACAUCAAUUGGAGACAAGCUCAGUGACGAUGAAUGCAACUCAAUUCUAAAGCAAGUGAUGAGCAAAAAGGAACUUGUUGACAUAGAAAAGCUUGUUCAUUUAGUGAUGGGAGACACAACAGAAGAUGAAAAUCACGUGUCAACUCCUUUCAUCCCUAACGCUCAGAUUACCCAUCAGCAGCCAACUGGCUCUAAAGCAGUCUUCAAAAUUUUAGACUAGAAAACUAACUAAGCUUCAUUUCAUCAGUUCUUUUCGGUUCAAAACAAUGUUUUUAUUCUAAAUUCAAUUCCAGACUACUAAAAAAGUGACAUCUGUUGGCAUAUUUCCAAAUAGAGAUGGCAGAGCCAAGAGCCUCUUUAACAAAAAAGCAAUAAAUGGAAAGUGUAUCCCUUUCUUGAAAUAGGUGAGAGAGCAGUGAACCCUGCUCCACUAAAUGGCAUCAAAAUGGUCACUUGCAUUUGGACGCGAAGUGAAACUGUGUUAACGUGAAAUGAGAAAACUACUAAUCUAAUUUGUUUUAUAGGAAA